AUGCACAAGUGGUCGUCGAGCAAGGUCUACCCCUGCCCUCGAAGCACUAGACUUUGUUUUCGACUUCCCCCGCACCAGAACGUAGCGGCGCCUAAACGGAAGGUGUGGAACAAUUUGCCCGGCCCGUACUUCCUUCCGUCAGGUUGCAACGUGGCUCUCCAAGACGUCAACCAGCCAGGCCGCGGUUCAACACACUUUCGUCAACCACCCGUUUAUUGCAACGGC